CAUUUGGGCUACAACUGGCACCCCCACCUCACUGUGCCUUCUGGUGGUCAUCGGCCUGUUCGGCCCCCCUCAGGACCCCCAGGCCGCCAGCAGGAGCGCCUGGUCCCCAAGGGUCUCACGGUGGGGUUCCAGGCCAGGCAGGUUUGGGAAGGGCUGCAUUGCUCCGUGGUGAGCGUGUGGGAGCCACCUCCCCCGAGGCGGGCAAACCUGUGCUAGCACCAGGGCUCUGACGGGUCUCUGGCUGGCAAAGUUUCCAUGUUUUUGGCUUUUUAAAAUGUCUGAAAAUGUUUUGCUCAGGUAAUUUUAACUUAAAAUAAUGAAGCAGAUGUCGGAAACACAAGCCUUAAAUCUGAUUGAGACAAAGGGGAAGGUUUUUCUUGGAUUCUGUAGGGGCAGUGCAGGCCGGCUGGACCCUCCAGCGCUGCCCCUGGACUUCUCGCCCUCCCACUGGGCAGCUGUGGGCUGGGAGGGGCUUGGAGGGACAAGCCUGCUGGGGUGCCUGGUACAGCCCACUGACCCUGGAGGGUGCUCAUGGGUACCCUCUUGGGGCCUGGCCUGCGCAGCACUCCUGCCAGCCUGGUCCCUGCCCAGGUCCUCUGUUUAUGAGGCGCCGGCAGCCAGCUCCAGGCUGAGCCAUGGGGUGACUGUUGACUCAGUGUUGAACCAAAUCGAGGCUGGGGGACUGGAGGCCUCACCACAGCUCCAGCCUGUCCUCCGUGUCACUCACACUCGGUGUGCACUUUCCUUACAAAAUUGAAAUAAAGUCUAAUUUUGGAAGCCCCUGUUUAGCAAAAUGUGUGGAAAUGGGACUCAAGUCACGAGGGGGCAGGCAGAUGCCGGCCCUGCCUGGGAGCAGCUGGGGGCGUGGCCUGGGUCCUGGGGGACUCACCACCACCCUGCCAAGAACUCAGACUGCCGCCAGCGAGGGCCCCCCCAGGAGGCUGGGCCAAUGUCAGCCAAGGGGAAGUGUGCAGAGGAGCCCCAGCCCUGGUCCCUCAACCCCAGUCCACACCCCAGGCUCCUCGCCCACUUAGCCCCCCCACCCGCAGGAGGGGCAGAGGCGGGGCCAGAUGGGCAACCUCAACAAAAAGCCAGGCAGGGCCAGCAGCCAGAUCGGCCCAGGAGCACCAGGUGAGCUCUGCUUGUGGGGCAGGUGGCUAGAGGGCUCCCACAAUGUCUGCACCCCCAGGAAGCAUGGCCGCCGGCGCCCUGCAGCGUUUCACCACCCUCCUGCUCUGCCUCUUGGUGCUGCGGGCCUGGUCACUGGUGCAGCAGCGAGUGUUGGUCCCCGUGGUGAUGCUGCAACCCCAAGGGAGGGACUGUUCUCAGAUCCAGGUGGACAACCCCAGUGCCUCCAGCGGCGUGUAUGUCAUCCAGCCUGAGGGAGCCCACACGCCCUUCCAGGCUUUCUGUGACAUGCGUGAUGACGGCGGCUGGACUGUGAUUCAGCGUCGGGAGGUGGACACUGAGCAGUCCCUGGACUUUGAGAGGUGCUGGCAGGAGUACAAGAAGGGCUUUGGAGCCGUCAGAGGCAACCACUGGCUGGGGCUGGAGCACAUCUUGGAUUUGACGUCCCAGCCAGGGCGACGGGCCGAGCUGGUGGUGGACUUGAAGAGCGUCGACAACCUCACGCUGCAGGCCCGCUAUGACGACUUCCGUGUGGGCACAGAGGAUGAGCUGUACAGGCUGCACCUGGGCCAGUACUCGGGGAACGCUGGGGACGCAUUCCGGGGCUCGGGACUCAAGGACAACCAGGAGGGCAGUGCCUUCAGCACGCUUGACCGUGACCACGAUGCCUGCACACCUUGCGUGGAUGGUGACCACACCUUUGUCAGCUGCAGCCUCAAGCGCAGCGGCGCUGGCUGGUGGUACAGCAACUGUGGCCAGGCCGACCUCAAUGGGCCCAGGCCACAGCACGAGGGGGACCCGGUAAGCCUGCUCUGGGUCACGGACAGCCCCAGGCAGGCCCUGCGCUCCAGUGUGCUGCGCGUGCGCACAACCUCUGCGCCUUAGCAUCCUGCCCCCCCAGCCCCCACCCCAGCACCCAGCACCUGGCUCAUUAAACGUUCAAGCUGCGCUGUCCCUGAGUCCUCUUUAUGGGUUUGGAUGGGGGUGGGGGUGUGCUGAGCUCAGACCUUGGGCCGCUAUCCCCUCACCCCUAGCGAGGCUGGGGUGCAGAUCCACGGGGCCUGGGCAAGUGCAGGAGGGCUUCUUGGAGAAAGCUGUGCACUAGUGGUGAGGCUGAGGAGCGUUUCCCCAGGCAGGAGAGGGUGCUCCCCGCCCUUCCCAGCAGACUCACUGGAACCCUUAACACCUACCACAUGUGCCCUGGGCUGGAGCUCUGGGGCAGCUGCUGGGACGCAGAGCAGACACUCAUGGGGUUAGGGGGCCACAGUAACAUGUUCCAACCAGAUUCUAGAGUAUGGAAGAGACCAACUGCAGAGGCUGGGUGAGGGGCAAGGAGAUGGCUGAGGGACCCGGGGGGUAGUGACCCCAGCUUUGGCCUGCCUCCUGGGCAGCUAGGAAGGGUUCACUCCACCAGCAGUCCUGGUGAGAAGACCCUAGACAGGCCCAGGUGGGAGUGGUCCUAUAGAGGCUGUCAGGUUGUUGGGUUGGAUGGCUUGGGUUCAGGGAGAGAAGGCCUG